UUUCUAGGUAGCAUCUUAUAUACAUAGGUAUCUGGUAAUCUAGUAGAAAAGCCCAACCAAGAAACCGCGAAAGAGGAUGUGGUUUCUCUCUUCUCUGUAAAAGGAAAGAACGAAAGAACGGUUAAACAAAACGCGACGACACAAACUUUCUAUGAUUAUUCUUUUGUACCGUGGCCUGCUUUGCUUAUUCUAAAUAAAAACGACAAACCAUAAAGUCGUAAAAACAACGUGUAACAACGUGAGAGAUACCCGAAAAAGUUCCUACUUUCGCCAUGUAUGGUUAUGUUCGCCAUAUAUCUGGCUAAUUUUAAUACAUAUGAAUAUAUACGUAUGCUUUUGAACGGUGAACGUGAACGUGAACGGUGCCUCGCAAACCGAAUCGGAAUACUCCGGAAUUCUGUAAAUGACUUGGCACGGUGCAAUACUAUUUUUAUACGAUACUACCACGUCAUCGUCAUCCAGUCGACACAAGAAAAUACGCUUUAACGGUAAAAUAUGUGCUCAUCGAGACUCAUCGACGUAACUUGGUAAUUCAACUAAAACAUGUCAGAAAUCAGAGUAGAUGAAAAAAUCGUGCGAAAGCAGUAUACAAACGAUGCCUGUCUUAUCGAUACACUCGAAAUCAUUGACGUAUUUGCUUUCGACUUCAGUGACACCGAUGUCUGGUUGUAUAUGCCGCCGGAAUAUCAAACGCAAUCCAUGGUUCGGAAUUUGUACACCUGGUUAAAAAGCGAACCGGAACUAAUUUUAUCAGGUAACAGGAAAUGUAUCGACACGAGGACAUUCACGAGACCUAAAAAACGGUCUACUAGAAUUAAUUUUGAAUCUAUUCUCGAAACAUUGUCUCCGUCUGUUGCAAACACACGGAGAAUUUCACGCUCAAAUUUGUCAAAUAUGGAAGAAGACUCGAGUAAAUAUCUAGAUACGCUUACCAUUGACAAAGACGAAGCUAUACCUCUUAUGCUAAAAGUGGCGCCUACGACGAAUAUCAGUCUUCUUUCUGACGAAACUUUAUCAGCGUCGGGUCAAGAAAGUAUGGAAAUUUUUUUAAAUAUGUCUCGUUCAAAGGGAAUCGAUUCUUUUAUUAAUUUAAUGGAACCUGGACUCUGCGAUCCACUGAUGAACAUCUCCCAACCAUCUAUUUUUUAUUCUUCUAUCACUUCGUUACCUAGAGAUGAUGCAUCGCAGAACGUUAAUUACGACAAAGAAGUGGAAAAUUUAAAUUUGACUUGUUCGUAUAGUCGACAAGCUGACAAACAAGAGGAUGCUAAAAGUAUCGACGAAACUUUUUCGACGAAUAACGAUUCGGACAACAAGAAACGGUACAGCCUGUAUUCGACGGACAAAAUAUUUACCGACAAAUCUGAUAAUAUCGAAAAAAUGGAAUUAAACGAGACGUACGAAGCAGAACCAGUGUCUAAAAUGCAUCGGUUGCCAAGUUCGGAUCGAGUUAAACACGGUACAACUACUUUGUCUUCCGCAAUUGUAAAUAAAGCUGACGGAAAUAUGAAAUCAUUACAAUCAGAAAAUAACUCGGAGAAAGACUUGUAUGUUUUGAAUGCUACGUAUUUUCCAACCUCUGAGAAAGCUGACGAUUCGCUUGUUUUAAAUGUUACAUAUUGCGCGGAAGAGACAGAUGUAACGAACACAAACGUUCCUUCAAUCGUUGAAAGUGAUACAUGUAAAGACAAAAAAACGACUCCAAAAAAUUUAGAUACGUUAAAUUCCACGUUUAAAAGUAGCGGUAAACAUUUAGAACAAACUCGAACGUUUAAUACGGUGUUUGGUUCAAAUUUUAAAACACCUACGUCAUUGAGAAGAGAAUUGUUGGCAGAAAUACACAGAAGCGGUGACCAUAGACUCGACUGUACGUUUAAUCAUGCUGGUAAUGAAGUCCCCGAUGGAGAGACUAAGAAGGGAGUCGUCGACGAGGUCUCCGAUCAGAAUAUUAGGAAUGAGAUUCCAGUGGAAAAUAAAUAUAAUACGUAUAAAAAGGAAUCGUCCGUUAACAAAAGUAGCACUCUAAGCGAAAAUAUAAGCAACGCAGGGGCGUCUAUUCAGAAUUUGCAAGACAAAAAGUACUACACUUUUACGAAGAAAGGUAACGUUCACGGUGGAAAGACUGAUAUAGAAAAUACGGAAUCUUUAGAGAACGCGAACACUACGUUCGUGAAACCACUUUCAAACCUGCAAAAAAAGAAGCAACAUCUUCCACGGAUGCUUUCAAAGUUACCGCAAUUUCUUCAAAAGUCGAACCCCAACCUUGUAUGCAAUUCCUUGAAAACUGUCAACGCGACAGGGUGUACGAACUCAUCCAGUAUCGGAUGUAUGAAAGACCCACAGCCAAAUAUCGCGAGAGCCGUUGAAAAAAGUCUAGCAAAUAAAUUGUACUCGUUAGGAAAAAUAAAAAGUGGUUCCGAGCAACGACUCUUAGAACUGAAUACAGGCGUAGGGGAACUUCAAAUGAUGGGUGCCGGAGGAUCUACGGAAAGUAUCGAAAGUACGCAGAGUGCUCAUAGUGCGCCAGAUCUAGACGAUAGGCUCAGUACAUGUUCGGAUAGUAGCCAUAAUUCGUAUACUGUGCGGCCAAUGAAUAUCGAACAAUUGCAUCAGAUAGUACGGAUGCAAGAAGAAAGUUUGAAACAAGAUGCAACGCCUCGAUUAAAUAGUCGAGGUCUGGAAAACACUUGGAUUGGGAUGCACAAAGAUUUACCUUCUCCUAUCAUGAAAAAUGGCAUCAAUAGUAGCGAAAGCAAUUCUACGUCACCAUCGAGUAUAGAUUUUAAUGUUAAAACGAGCUCUCCGAUACUAAGCCCUACCAGAUCUAGUCAGUCGAUAAAUACUGAUGGUCAUUCCGUGGAACACGUAUCGAAACAGCAGGAUGAAACAGGCAUAGUGAAAAAAUUUGAAGCAUUUAGCAAGCCAACAAUGAAAAUUGAGAAUAAAACGAGACUGCGACAACCAACGAAUUGGAAUGCCGGAAACAGAACUUCAAACGUGAUGAGCGCUAUUCCUAGACCACAGUCGCGUAUACCAGCUCCCAGGUUUGUUAGGCCAACUGUAAAGAAUAUCCAAGGUGAUGUGAAAAGAGGAUAUACGUAAAAAUUCAGGCGGUACUAAUAAUUAAAUCAGGCAUAUGUUUUGAGAUAAGGCCCUUAAUUUAAUCUGUGUUCAUACGAUAAUUUGUAUAAAAGGUAUUUAGGUUAUGUCCUCGGAAGGAAGGCGCUAGGUUGCUUUGAAUACGAGAAAAGUUUAGUAUUAUUAUACUUUCAAAAUGACAAACGAUAUAAUUGAAAUCACAUUCUCAGUUCUUUUCUCUCCAUUUAUUUAUAUUUAAAGGAAACAAUGAAUUUAAAAAUGAAAUAAUCUUCACCGAGUAGAAGUCUAUAGUAAGAGUACUUCAAAUUUGUCAUGCUAUGCACGAAGAUGAAGUGUAAUUAAGUCUAAUGGAUUGGCUAUGAGAUUAUCACAGAGUAUGUUUUAUUUAAAAUUUAAAUUAUUUAAGUAAACUAAAGUGGGGAACGUAGAUAAUUAGUACUGUUGUUUAGACCAAAAACUAGCCCUCUAAAUUAUUAUUUAUCUCAAUUGUUACCGACAUACUUUCGAUCAAUCGCUGAGAAUGUAAUAGCGUAAUUGAACAUUUUCAACGUGAGACAACAGUUCUUACAACAUGCGCAGAUACGUGGAAAUAAUUAUUUUUACGAGGAUAUUGAUCAAUACGAUAAAUGGUAUUGUAUUUCAACAAGAAUAUAUAUAUAUAUAUAUGCGUCUAUUCCAUUUGAGAAGUUAAUGAUAUACCAUUUAUAUGCUGUGUAUAGCUAAACAUAGUUAGAAUUUUGAAAAGCGACUUUUGUACAAGUCGUAUGUUGCAAAAAAUAAUUGAGACGGUAGAGUAGACAGAUACGAAAGAUACUUAAGAAUAUAAAUUUAAUCAGAGAUAAGCUCUCGUAUACAUGUAUCGUACGGAAAUUUUUACAUUUCAUACAAUGAAGCUAGAAAUAAAUUUGUAGGAAAAAGUUUUUCGCAAAUACAGAAAACGAACAACUUUGUAUGCAUAAGAGUCAAAGAUUUGAGAUUAUAAACAAAAUUUUCAUGAUCUUUUAUCCAUUUUUGUAAAAUGUAUAUACAGGUACUGUCAUGAAAAAAAAAAGACUAAAAGGAAAGAAAGAAAACACCAACGCUAUAUUUUCUAAUAUAAGUGGCCUAUACAAAAUAAAAUACACAGCAAUUUAUAGUAUAUUAUUAAUCCUACACAACAUAUCUGUACAUUUUUAAUAUUCUCGAUCGUAAUUGUUGUAUCGAUCCGCAAUAAAUAUAUUUUUCAUUGUAAAUUUUAUAUCAACUUUUAUAUUCUAGAAAAUUCUGAAUGAAUGAAGUACUUUCAGGAUUUUAGAGUCUAUUAAAUUUGAAAUUGUAGUUACUAAAAGUUAGUUACAAAAUUGUUUGCAUAUCAUAGAAGGGUUGAUGUUAAUUGUACUGUUAAGAAUAUAAACUUCUAAUGAUGCCUACUUGUAUGUUAAAGUAACAGGAAAGUAGAGUUUGCGUUGCGACAAUUAAAAAUUCUUUCGUUACUUGUGAAAAUGUACAUAAAAUAUUCAAAGCUGUGGCGAUGCCUAGUGGUGAAACUACAGUAUCCUUCCAUUAAAUAAGAACAAGUAUAAUUGAUUGUAAAUUAGAAAAUAGCAGUUGAAAACGAAAGACUGGAUUUAUGACUAACGCAUUUAUAACAAAAUAUAACACUUUUUUAAUGAUCCGUGUUUAUAGUUCUUUGCUCAAAGCAAUAGCAGAAAAAGGAACAACAAUUUUUUUGUUUAAGUGUUGCUGCAUAUUUUACGAUGAAUUGUUGCGCUUGAUGCGUUGUAGUUGAAUUUGCAAUAACACGGCAUGAAUUUAUAAUUAGUUUAUAACGCGUAUAUUAUACUGUACAGAGUAUUUUUGACCAAGUUAUUAUUAUCAUUAUUAUUAUUAAAUUAAUUUUGAACUUGUAGACGUAACUGAAAAAUAUAUUUUAACGAUAUAAAACUACAAAGGAGUCUCGGACGAUGAUGGUAACACGUUUGGUACAGAAAUGGAAGAGAUGAAAAUAAUAUUCUUGAAAUUUCAUUGUCGUUUCUUUUCCUCGUUAGCGGAUGUUCACUUGAAAAGAAUUUUAAAACUUGUACCCUUGUUGUAAAUAAUAAACAUAGAAGUGAUAGUCAUGUUAUAUUCUUUAUUUAUGUCUUUAAUGUUAGACCUUAAGUGCCUUUAUUGUAUUAUGAUACAAGAAACUUUUUUAUACAUUCGAACUAAUUGUAAGCUAAGAAAGCUAAUUAGCCACUCCAUAUCAUACUGCCAGGUAUCUGUGUAAAAAUACAAUGUGAUCUUUUUCUAUUGAAACCUAUAAUAAUAAAAAACGUUUUACGAUA